GUUACGAAAAUGGCGCAGCAAUACGUUCAAACUUAUGCGAAUAGUCAAUAAGCGUGAAAAGCUGGAGGAAAAAGGAUUAACUAAUAGGACUCGGUGCGUAUAAAACGGUGAAGCGACUGCACUGGACAUCAUACUGCUUCAACAGCUCAAGUGAUAACGUUGAUACUUUAAUCAACCAAGCAAAAUGUUCUUCUAUGUUGCGAUUGCGUGCGUCCUAGGAGCGGCUGCCGCGGCCCCCUCCGGACUCGGACUGGGUGGCAUAGCACCCAUCGGAGUAGGAGUUGACAGUGUUUCGAUACCUCGUUACAACUUCAAUUACGCCGUGAGCGACCCGUCGACUGGCGACAACAAGGCUCAAACCGAAGUGCGCGACGGCGGAGUCGUCAAGGGCUCCUACUCGCUCGCCGAGCCCGACGGCACCAUCCGCGUGGUAGACUACUCUGCCGACCCCGUGUCAGGGUUCAACGCUGUUGUGAAGCGAGUGGGCCCCGCCGCACACCCGCAACAGCUCAUUGCCCCCGUUAUAAGCAAACCCGUUCUCGCCGCCCCUAUCGCCGCCGCCCCCGUCCUCGCCGCUCCCGUCGGACUCGGUAUCGGCCUCGGAGGCAUCGGCUAUGGUAACAUCGGCCUAGGCGGCUAUGGACUCGGAGCCCUAGACGGACUCGGCGGUUAUGGCCUCGGACUAGGAGGACUCGGCGGAUGGAAACACUAAUCGGGAGACCCCACCGAAUAACGUUAUCACGACCUAUCGUGUUUUCGUGAACGCCAAUCAUUUCAUAAGCGAAAACAUCUAUA